AUGGCAAGACUCAAUGACCCUCCUGUUCCUCCUACAGAGAGUAUCGAUGCUUUAAAAAGGCGCUUCAUCCGGCAAAACCGCGAGAUCGCCCGUGUAAACUCGACACAGUCUCAACGAAUCCGCAACCUCGAGACCGAAAUUUCUCGCCUGGUCGCUGAAAAUAUUUCUCUCAGAGAGCAAGCGAUCACAGCACAGGUGGAGGCAGAACGAUGGCGCAAUGCGAGCAAUGUGGAUCGAGAGAUUCUGGAUAUAAAGGAGAGACUCGAGAAGAAGAUGAAGGAGGUAUCGUUGCUGAUCGUGGAGAUGGGGGAUAUACCUGAGAAAAUAACGAGGAAAGGAAGGCGAAAAAGUCGAUUGGACAACUCCAAAAGUCUCACGGAACAAGAUUGGAGGUAUCGGCAGUCUAUGAGGGAAGCGUUGGCCGACGAAAGGGAAGAAUCGCAUGAUGGAAGAUUGCCUGUCAUUCAAGAAGACAAGCUCUAUCCUCGGCGGACGCUGGAAAGUGCAGAAGUCAUGGCGAUUCGGGAUGAGGAAGCCAUACAACAAGCAUCUGAGUCGCCGGAGUUGGGACCUCCGCCAAUGGCACAUUUUGAUGUUCCGGAAUCAGUUGCUACUGAGAUGCCUGAGGAAGAGAAUAACGUGGACAUGGCGCCGCUGCUGCCAACUUUGGAGAGGAGACGAAAACGUCGAACGAGUGCUCUCCUACAGGAUAUGCCCACCGAAGAAGCCUCAGAGACUUCUUUGCCGGAAAGGCGGGCUCAACAGCUCUUGAAAUCUGGCGCAAAACGGAAACUAGAUGUAUCCGAGCUCGAUGAACCAGUCAUCCAGCAGUCUAGCGAAAAUGACGGGUUUAUCUUCCAGCGGAGACAAGAUAUCUGGAACAACGGAACUGCGGGCAAGAAAUCGUCGAGGUUUACAAGGCCGCCGGGCCGAGAGAACGAGAAACCUGUAGGGACAGAAAGUCAGUCUCCGGAGAAGACAGCAGCUGGCGUGAGGAAGAUCCUUGCCCCCAAGAGCACGAAUUCGCCAGCAAAAAGAAGAGUUCAUAUUUCGGAGAAGCUGUCCGCCCUUGAAAGGGAUGCGGAAAACCAGCAACAACCAGACGCUACCAGACCAGCUCGAGGAUCUAAUCUGCCCUCUCAGCUCGAGACACAUGAAGCUGCCCCGGAGCCGAGCGACCAGCAGGAAACAAACGAUAUCCCUCCCAAAACUCCAGCCGCGUCAGGAGAAGAUGUUCUGUCGCCUAUCUCAAGCGAACCCUCUUCCCGAACGGCUCCUCAGCCGAAAGAGGCCGCGAUCCUUAACUCGGUUGAGGAUGUCUUGAAUGGCAGUAUUGGCCGGGGUUCCCGCCGUGCUCGAGCAGCCGUUAGUUAUGCGGAACCGAAUUUGAGGGACAAGAUGAGAAGACCAGGCAAAGAACUGGUUGGAGCGGUAGAGGGAAUAGAGAAAAAUAAAGACAAUCCUGCAGCGGCCACAACCACCAGAGUGCCGAAAACGGAACGUGCCAAGUCAGACGGGCCAAAAGAAGUUGAAGAACAAAGUGGACCAACCAAAGUCAAACACGAGAAGGGCGUGAGUGGUGGAGACAGGUGGAAGGAAUUACCUUAUUCCAUGUCAAGCAAGAAAGAUGAGCCAGCAAGUCCCUUGCGGGAUAAGGAGAGGAAAGACAAAGAUCGUGACAGAGACCAAACGAAGAUCGAGUGGCCCCGAGACCCAAAGAACCCCAGAGAGCAAACCUACAGCGAUGAUCUCGAAAAGGCAGUCGACCGGCUGAAGAUUUUUGACCCGCCUAGUUCUUCACCGAUUGCAGAACCGAAAGCUCCAAUCAUGGCCAAAGAUGGGACGAAGGCGGCCACAACAGCAACAGGAUCAAAACGGAAAACCUCUGCGGGUGCUCUUGGAAGGAGGCAUUCUGCUCAACAUUCAUCUUCAUCGAUAUAUGCUGGUUCUGACUCUGGAGAUUCCUCCAUGGUUGGCACUGCUCCGACUACGUCCAGUUCAAGCUCUCAUUCAAACACGCCUCUUCCCACACCCAGCUCAGCGGCGAGUUUGCGGACCGAUCCUGCUCACUUUGCCUCUGGCAAGGAAUUGAAGCGGUCAAGCAGCGUCAGUUCCAACUUAAAAAGAAAAACCAAUGAUGUGAAUGCGCCUGAGGGGACCGGAACCAGUACGGUCACAAGUGCACAGGCGGACUCAAGAGCUGAGAAGAUUGCAAAUCGGCGACGGAGUAUGAUGGUAUGA